CGUAGCUGAGACAACAGCCAGUUUUAUAUUAAAAGGCAUUUCGUGUAAAAUCGCAAAUAUUUUAAAUUUAAAACCAUCGAAAACGAAUCGAACAAUUAGAAUACAAUCGAGUGUUAUGUUAUGAUUCGAUAGAUACUAGUUCAAUCAUAAAAUUAGAUGUAAAUAUCGAAAACUUCUUGUACAAUGGCUAAUAUUGCAACGCAGAGAAUUAAGAGGGAAUUCAAAGAAGUAAUCAAAAGCGAAGAGGUUGCAAAAUGUGCAAUAAAAGUUGAAUUAGUACGGGACAGCUGGACAGAAUUACGUGGAGAAAUUGCAGGGCCCCCGGAUACACCUUACGAAGGUGGAAACUUUAUUCUUGAGAUAAAAGUUCCUGAAACGUAUCCCUUUAAUCCACCAAAAGUCCGUUUUGUGACUAAAAUUUGGCACCCGAAUAUAUCUUCAGUCACUGGAGCGAUAUGUUUGGAUAUAUUAAAAGAUCAAUGGGCUGCUGCAAUGACCCUCCGUACUGUGUUAUUAUCGUUACAAGCCCUUUUAUCGGCAGCAGAGCCAGAUGAUCCUCAGGAUGCAGUCGUAGCCAAACAAUACAAAGAAAAUAAUGAAAUGUUUACGCUGACGGCUAAACAUUGGACAAACAUUUAUGCAGGAGGUCCUCAUGUUUUUUCCGACUGCAACACCAAAAUCCAGCGCCUCAUCGACAUGGGCAUCGAGGAGCACCAGGCCCGAGUGGCACUAUCCUCCUACAACUGGGAACUGGAGAGGGCGACGGAGCAGCUGUUUAGUUAGUUAGUCGAUAACAAAAUUCAUUUAUUUAAAUAAUUAAUUAAUUAAAAAAAUUCAGAAUUUAAACUACAAACUAAUUAUUAUUAUUAAUUUAUUAUCCGAUUCGCGAUUCGAUUUUCUUUCAACAUGCACAUGAAAAAGAUAGAGAUAAACAAAUAGAAUGGUUUUCAAUUUAGUAAAGGACUCGAUAGUUGUGAGUAAACCUCUAAACCGGUAAAUAUUAGUUAGAGAGCUGAU